AGAAGAUCUUUGCUCACUCCAGCAGCAGCAGCAGCAGCAGCAGCAGAGGCAGCCGCGGUGGCAGCAGGACAGACGCCGCCUCAGCUUCCAAGUCGUCGGGCUCCGAUACCACCCCCUCGGCUAGCCUUUGCUUCAGGCGAGGCGCUUUCAUCUCUUGGUCUCGGACAGCCCCAGCCCAGAGCCCUCGCGGACUGACAGAAAGGAGCGGCGAAAGGAGGGAGAGAAAGGAAGCAAAAUGAUGCUUCAACAUCCAAGCCAGGUCCCUGCCUCAGAAGUCAGUGCAUCAGCCAUCGUCCCCUGCCUGUCACCUGCUGGGUCUCUGGCAUUUGAAGAUUUCACAACCCUUACUCCCCUUGUCAAGGAAGAGCUGAGAUUUGCUAUCCAAAACAAGCAUCUCUGUCACCGGAUGUCAUCCACGUUGGAAUCUGUCACAGUGAGCGACAGGCCCAUCGAGAUGUCCAUCAUGAAAGCAGAGUUUGCCCCUGAAGAGGAUGAAAGGAAAAAGAGACGAAGGGAAAGAAAUAAAAUUGCAGCUGCAAAGUGCCGGAACAAGAAGAAGGAGAAGACAGAAUGUUUGCAGAAGGAAUCAGAAAAGUUGGAAAGUGUGAAUGCUGAGCUGAAAGCCCAGAUCGAGGAGCUCAAGAACGAGAAACAGCAUUUGAUAUACAUGCUUAACCGUCACCGGCCAACGUGUAUCGUCCGAGCUCAGAAUGGGAGGACGCCCGAAGACGAGAGGAACCUCUUUAUCCAACAGAUAAAAGAAGGAACAUUGCAGAGUUAAGCAGACGGGAUGUGGAAGCAAUUGAGGAGUCCUCGUUUACUUCACUUCUAUACCAAGAAAUCCAAAGCUAUUGGGAGAUCUGACUUACUAUGCACUUCUAGGAUCCUAGUGGCCAAGAGCUGUCCAGGAGGCCUUGCUAAGCACAAGAAAUCAUGUUAGCUUAGCUGGAACUUUCUCAAAUCCAGAGAUUGGCUUUGGUCCAAAGGAAGAAAGUUUUGGGCCCCGACUCUAGGUAUUUAGGACUCGACAAUCUUGUUGUUCCUAGAAGCUACAGACAACCCCUACAGAUGGGUUAGUGUCCUGCUAGUAUCUGGUACCCGUAUUUGUCUUGUUUGGAUGAUACGAACAUUCUGGCUUUCAGUGAUAGACAUCAGCAAUACAUCCGGGCAUGGGGGUGGGACUGAGCCUACCCUCCGUGGACUGCUGGUAGGCGAAGCAGACUAACAGUGGGGUUUAUCCAUGUUUUGCAAUGGCCAGGGGUGUGCUUUCUAGCCAAACAUGCUGAUAUGUUACAGGAAUUACUGUAUUUAAAGCCUUCGUUUUCAAACCCAAGCAUUGUACUCCCCCCCCUUUUUUUUAAUGACACUCAAAAGUUCAGAUUUUCCUAUGACUCAUCUCAGAUCUGGAUUCUGAGGGGUUUGGGCAAUUGUCCCUCACUUCAACUUCUUGCAAAACACUCAGUGACUGAGUUGGCAUUUCAGUGCAACAAGCAGUGCUCUGUGAUUGCUGCUUUGCCCCAAAGGAGAAAGCCCUUUUCUUGCUGAGCACACAGGAUACCAUGAGCAAAGCUGAUGGGCCUUAUUUAAAAGAAGUCUAGUGUGAAUCUAGUUAUGACGGUUAUAAAAACAUUUGGAAAAAGCGAUUUAACUGCAAAGGAUUAGACCUCUCUGCUACUGACUUAGCUUGGGAAUGACUUCUUGGGCCAGAACAGACAAAGGAUAUCUUUUUCCUUUUCUCGUUGCUGACUUCGGGCAUUGUUCAAAGCCUGAUAAAAUUUAGGAUUUAAUGACAGUGAUAUUAAUGAUACAUGUUUUUCUUUUUUUUUUUUUUGUGAUCAAUUUUUUUAAAAGAAAAUUUAAACCCGGGAUGUUUGCAACUAUGAGUAGAUCUCUUGGUCAAUAAUACCCCAGUUACUGUUUAACUGUUAAAUUUCUGAUGUUUCUGUGAAAUCCUCAGAUUGUUAAAGCUUAUUCAAUAUUAUCAUUACAGUUUUCUGUAAAAGGAAAUAUCACUUUAUUUAUCCUAAUAUUCUUAACCAAUCUAAUAAACCAUGUGACUGAAAACG